AUGAUGCAGAAGAUGAUAAAGAGGUUUGAUGUGAUUAAUGAGAAUGUGAAGGAGACGCAAAAUGACUUGUCUAGUAUUGGUCAAAAAGUUGAUGCCCAUGCAGUAUCGAUCAAGCAUUUUGAGCUACAGAUGACUCAGUUGUCUACUAUAGUGAAACCACGUCAACCUGGCACACUUCCUAGCAACACCAUCCAAAAGAAGGAUGGGUAUUGUAUGACAGUCACUACUCGAGGGGGUAAGCAGACCAUUGAUCCACCGAUGCCGUCUAGGGUUGAAGUUAAGGUUAGUAAAGAUGAUGAAGUGAUUGAAGUAAAUGGAGAGCCCGAGAAUGCAACAGAGAAGGAAGUAGAGAUAACUCAGAAAGUUAUUCCCAUGCCUAGACCUCCACCUUUUUUCCCACAGAGGUUAGUGAAGGAGACUGAAGAAGGCAAAUACCGUAAGUUUAUUAGUAUGUUGAAGCAACUUUCCAUUAAUGUGUCAUUGAUAGAAGUUUUGGAGCAAAUGCCUGGGUCCCUUGUGCAGAAGAAGGAGAAUCUUGGGGCUUUCACUAUUCCUUGUACCAUUGGGUUGCUACAUUUUGCAAUGGCUUUGUGCGAUUUGGGUGCUAGUAUCAAUCUGAUGCCAUUGGCUAUUUACAGGAAGUUGGGUUUAGGGGAUCCAAAAUCGACUGCGAUGUGA